UGUGAAGUACUCGAAACUCUUCUAUAGCCUCACCUAGUUUAGAAUCAAGUUGUUAAAGCCUAGCUUAACUGUGUUAAUUAACGCUUUAGUUUGAUGCUUCAUAACACAACAAUGGUUGAGGGGUAGAUGAAUUAAUCUUUAAUCCAGUAAAUACAACGUCCCAGUGAUUGUAUGUUACAUUUUCACAAUCUGCUACUUGAUUUAUUGGAUUACUAUGUCGCACUCACAUCUUGAUCGCUGUCAAGCCUCUAAUAAGUAUGAAGCGUACAUCAAACAGAAUUUAGAGAGCCUGAAGGCCCAGUGUGGUCACGUGACCGCCUGCAUUGACAAGCUGCUAGCGGAAGUCAGCGUGACGGUCCUGCUCAAGGGAGAUAACAUCAGUCUCAACAAGACUUGCGGCCUGAUCCACAAAUCGGUGACCGGCAGCUACACGACACUGAGGAGAAACUGUACGGAGACGGAGAGGGAGGAGAUCCGUGGCAUCGUGGAGGAACACGUGGGCGAUGUGUACGACGGCAACAAGUGGAAGAACCUCAAGAGAUGCCUCACCAACGCGUAUGGCGACACGGAGAGGACGUCCCGCGUGCAGGAGAUUUGUGGACUGGCCCAGAGACAGAAAGAAAUCUGUAACAACUCAGAGAUUCACAGGAUGACGGAGAAAUUUUUCAAUGAAGAAAUUCAAAGUCUGCAGUGUACGUGCAGGAAACUGGAGCAGGAGGGGGAGGAAAACGUGAACUUGCCAAUAUUUAUUGGAGUUGGUGUUGGCGGCUUUCUCUUGCUCGUCAUCAUUUGUGUCGUCUGCUUGAUGCUCUACAGGAGUCGGAAAUCUGCACGCAAAAAUAGGACUACCACACCUAACGUCAUCUACCUGCCCGGCCCAAGUCCUGACGCACCUGUGUACCAGGAGAUCUACGACCACAGGGUCAACAGUGCGCGGGGUUACUGCGCACCCCCGUCUGCUGACCCUCCGUCACUUCCUGUCCGAUAUCUGAGCAAACCAACAGCCAAUAGAACCAGUCCUCCGUCUAAUGAUGAGCCGGACUACUUAGAACCAGCUGUUGUCUCGGUCAAAUACAGAGCCAACGCCCCCCUUCAGAGAGAGGCUUCCAAUGGCAUGGACAGCCCACCGACCUACAGCCAAUGUGAGAGAGACUCGGAAGAAAACGGCUACUUCAACCCCCUCCCUAGCCCCACCCUAGAGGACGACGUCAAACAGCCCCUGUCCAGCGAGGAGACCGCACAGGUUAGCCCGACCAGCGACCUUGACGGGGGGUACGAGACCCUAGCACGGGAUAAAACUCCGGGCCUAGAUGGACGCUUCAACAAACUGACCAACCAGCGGUCCAGCUGUCCCCCCGAGGAGGCGCCCAAACCCCUGGGGCCGGUACCCGUGAAGAGGGUUAAAAAAGAGGACAGACAGACGGAGUCGCAUUACUUCGUGCUGGAGGAGAACGCCCAUGUGGAGGAGCCGCAUGAAUGAUUUGAAAUGUUGUGGCACGUGACUUGGUCUCGUGGCAAGCGUCAGACUAAUUAGACACCUGCGGAUGUCCAGUUAAUAAAAAACUUCCAUUAAGUUAAUUGUAGACUUUAAAUAUUUUUUACUUCCGAGAAACCUGAAGGCUUACUGUAGCUUCAAUAUGUUUACCCGAAGCUUUUGCAAACUUUUUAAUUACACUAUCUCAGAUGUAUACAGCAUUUUUAUGUUUUUAAAAUAAUCGCUUUCCAGCAUUAGGUGUUUUUUUUUAAAUCAAAUUUAAAAAUUUGAUUUUUCUAUAAUGUCUCUUUUAAAAAUAUUUCCUCUGGAGGCACUUGAAAUGUACGGGGGAC